AUGUGUGCUGGGGAUGUACAACCCAACCCUGGACCAGCUCGACCUUCCAACAGAAAGAAGAGCUCAGCGAAGGCUUGCAGCUCUUGCAGUAAACUUGUGAUCGGCAAGAACAAACUUACAUGCUCUGAUUGCCAACUAUUAUUCCAUCCUAGUUGUGUUGGAGUCAAACAAAAGCAAUUAUCGAACUUGAGAGCCAACUCUGCACAGUGGUAUUGCUCUGAUUGUUGCGCCCCGUGUAGUAUGUGCGAUGGAAAUGUAUUAAGGGAUCACCACGCAGUCCAGUGUGAUAGCUGCGAUAAAUGGUUACACACAGCCUGCUGUGAUAUAGAUUACCAGUUGUACACAUCACUUAUGGCCAACAAUUGUACGUGGGUUUGCCCACUCUGCAGUGAACUAAACUUUUCAGACUCAUUCUUCAGCGAAGGUGAAAUCUCAACUGAAAACCCUUUUGAUGCUCUUGAUACUGAUGCUGAUGCUGAUGUCUGCUCCCAGCCGGCAAGCCAGAAGGAUGUGGGUGCAUCGCAGCCCAAGCCCAACAGUAACAGAAAUAAGAGACAUAAUAAAGAGAAUAGAAAGUGUAAUGCCAAGAAGAGAGACAAAGUUAAAUUGAUAUUAACUAAUUGCCAGAGUGUAAGAUCUAAAGCUGGUGAUAUCGAAGUGCUCAUCGACUCCGUUAAACCAGACUUCAUCUGUGGAACAGAAUCGUGGCUUGACCCAGAUGUUAAUAGCAGUGAAAUCUUCCCAGACUACCACUCUAUCUUCAGGAAAGAUCGUGAACAGCUAAAGACUGGAGGUGGAGUCUUCCAAGCAGUGAAGGGGGAUUUGAUUACAACGCACUGCAGUGAACUUAACUCUGAUUGUGAAAUAUUAUGGACUGAAACAAAAAUAAAGGGUUGUAGACCCUUGCUUGUGGGAGUCUUCUACCGUCCACCGAAUGACAGCAAUGGUGAAGCAAUCGACCACCUGGCGCAAUCCUUUACAAGGUUAGGAAAUAAGAUCAAUUCUCACAAUGUCAUCCUCACAGGGGAUUUUAAUCUACCCAACAUCUCGUGGGAUGAUCAUGUUGUCUCCAGCAGGAGUGGAUACAGCACCAGAGCCGCUGAUACGCUUGUCACUCUAGUGGAAGAAUUGGGACUUACUCAGCAUGUCACCCAACCUACAAGAAUUCAGGGAAACACAGAAAACAUCUUGGACUUGAUCUUCUCCAAUAACCCUGAAAUAGUGGACAAGAUAUCUGUUACAGAUGGCAUUGCUGACCACAGCUCAGUGAUAGUGGACUUAAGAGUAGCUCCUACUAGGAAGCGUCCGAUAAGAAGGAAAAUCUACCUCAGGGGUAAAGCAGAUACUCAGGGUAUCAAGGAGACACUUCAGGACUUUACAGAUACUUAUUUCCAAACGAACCAAGACAAAAGUGUAGAGGACAAAUGGGAAGAAAUUAGAAGUGCAAUACUACACACAAUGGAAAAACAUGUCCCGCACAAGUUUUCCACUACCCGAUUUAACUUACCAUGGUUCAAUAGAUCACUACAUCUUACGAUUAAGAAGAAACAGAGAUUAUACAACAAGGCAGUUAGGGCAGGAAAGCCGGAUGACUGGGAAUCGUUCAAGGCCUUUAGGAAAAGCACCCACAAGCUCAUUAAAGAAGCCCGUUCUUUAUAUGUUAGGGACACUCUUGAAUCGGCAAUUCUAGAAGAGCCAAAAAGGUUUUGGUCUUACAUUAAGCAACUGAAACAAGAAAACUCGGGAGUAGCAGAUCUCCAGCAAGGGGAGAAGACUGUAAGCAACGACAUAGACAAGGCAAACGUUUUGAAUGAACAAUUCCGGAGCGUUUUCACCAACGAGCCUCCUGGAUUAGCACAGUCCCUUGGCAACAGCCCUUACCAGAAGAUUGGACAUCUCAACAUUACUAGGAAACGGGUCGAAAAGCUACUCAGCACGCUGAAGACCAACAAAGCACAAGGGCCGGACGGCAUUCCACCGUGGUUCCUGAAGAUCGGAGCUGAGCAGCUAUCUGCACCUUUGCAAGACCUGUUCCAAUCUUCCAUCAACACUGGAAUAGUACCGCAAGAAUGGAGAGACGCCAACGUAGCCGCCAUCUUCAAGAAGGGGAGCAGGAAGAGUGCUGCAAACUACAGACCUGUCUCGUUGACAUCAGUAUUGAGGUACAGUGACCGGCCCACUAUGGUUCUUGUUGUACAUUAA